GAGACGUUUGAAUUUGCUACUAUAAACUAUUUAUUUUAACAUCGAAUCUCUAUUUCACUCAAAUAUCAAAAUCAAUUUUAUUGCGUUAAACAUAAUGGACGUAAAAGAUGUGGGUAUUGCAGGAUGGACUUUUAAUAAAACGCGUAAAGCGAGAUCAAUUAAAGGAAAUACAUCGAAGAAAAUUAUGAGGAUAGAAUUCUAUUCCUGCAUGCAGAAACCUAACGAAUCAGUUGUAGAUUUUAUUAUAAGGAAAAUGGCCGAUUACAAGAAAUUAAUAAAAACUUCGAAUGAAAAGCAACUACUAUCGGUCAUCCAACGACUGUUGUUGCCAACCAACUCAACUUGGGCAUAUGAGCUUCAUAUAGUAAACGCCAAGGAUCUGCUUUUCGAGGCAUUGCAGAGAGAGCGUCAGCCUAAUAUGGACGAAAUCCACUUUAAACCAAAUUGCCAUUAUUGCUCGGAAGGACAUUUUUAUGAUUCGUGUCCAGUGCUUCAUAAUGUCGAGGUUAUGAAGAUAGGAGAAAUUUCUGAAAAUAGGAUACAUAAAGAUUUGAUUUACAUUUCUCUAAAAAUGAAUGACAUUACGCAUUUGGCAGUUGUAGGGAUCAAAACUACCCAUACUUUUGUUAAAGAUGGCUUGAUACUCUGUUGUCCAGAUAGCGUUCUCGAAUACACGGUACUUGACUCUGAAGGUUGUGAUAUGUUUGCAAGAGGUCCACACACUGCAGUUUUUGAUGUAGAUAAUUUUCAAAUUGUAAAUACGGUAUAUGAAGUAGCGAAUUUGGAAGUGGAUAUUAUUCUUGGUAGCGAUUGGCUUGCGAAUGUCGGAGCAAUAAUUGAUUAUGAACAGAACUGUAUUUACUUCAAUGAAUGGAAUAACCUCCAGCUAGAAUUCCUGAAGAAGAAUCAAUAGACGGACCUCUUUUAAUUUUUUAAUGCUGUACGAGUUUUAUAUAAAUAUUGUUAUGACUUAACAAUCAUUAUUGUUAAACAUUAUAUACGGAUUUAUAUCUGUAUAACUUUUGUGAAAGAAUUUGUAUAAAUAUAGUACUAUAUUUUAACCAUGAACAUA